AUGUUUAGGCAGUCUAAGAAACGUGCUGCGCAAAGAAGAAGCGAUUUUGCCACAGCUGACCAGUCAACGACGUAUAUCCAGGCAGGGAUUUCCUUUAAUGAUGAACAGGAAAGAUACGAGCUGCUGUAUCCUACGAAGUUAUCAUUUUACCACCUGCCGCCCAUUGGAGAGAUCACAUUGGAUCAGUUUGAGACUUGGGCGAUUGACCGGUUGAAGGUACUACUUGAACUUGAGUCUUUGGCGCAGAGGAACAAAAAUAUCAAGGAGAUGGAGCAAGUCAUCAAGCCGAUAUUGGCAAGCUGCAUUCCGUUAUCUGAGUCUUUGGAGUCUCGUAAAAAGGAUUACUACAGUCACUUCAUUCUGCGGCUGUGCUUCUGUCGUUCUAAAGACUUGCGCGAGAAAUUCCUACAUGCUGAGACCAUACUGUUCAAGUUGCGUUUCCAGAUGUUGACACAAGCAGACCAAACCAAGUUUGUGCAGAGCUUGAAUCUACCCUUGUUGCAAUUCAUAAGCGACGAGGAGAAGCAGGAAAUUGCGACAGAGCUGUACGAGACCGUGUCCCCACAACUGCAGUUCCAACUAAACCUAUCCGAAGAGCAACAACGUCGCCAGUUCUUCAACCACGAACGUUUUAUAAAGCUUCCCUUCGAAGCUGUCAUUGAUCUGCUCGGAACUCGUCAAGUCUUCCUUAAACAAGGCUGGGCGUACCUGCCCCAGUUCCAGCAGCUGAACCAUAUUGCUAACGAAUACGCUUCCCGUCUGUCCGAUGACCUUUUAAAGACAUACCAGCAUAUCCCAAAACUCAACGAGGAUGAUCGUCUGCUUCCAAUCCUCACCCACCUGUCCACAGGAUACGUCGUGACCGAACACCACUACUCCUUCUCCGACUCCUCCCUGCACCCAUCGUCCGAAACCACUGCUGAUACAAUAACCGCUGCAUCACUCCACAACCCUGAAGUCCGCAGCGCCUUCCCUCUGUGUGCCAAAAACCUAAUGGACGGCCUCUCCAAAAACAAUCACCUCAAAUUUAAUGGCCGCCAGCAGCUGUCGUUCUUCCUGAAGGGCCUAGGCAUGUCCGUCGAUGAAGCCCUCAAGUUCUGGACUGAUGCAUUCACCCGCUCAACCUCCAUGUCACUCGAAAAGUUCAACAAGGAAUACCGCUACAACUUUAGACACAACUACGGUCUCGAAGGUAAUAGAAUCAACUACAGGCCCUGGGACUGUCGUACAGUGCUAUCUAAACCCCGCCCAGCCCGCGGCGAAUACCACGGUUGCCCAUACCGUGACUGGAACCCAGAAAAGCUCUCUGCCACCCUAGCUGCAAUGAAUCUAACUCAAUCCCAAGUAUCUUCCAUUCUCGAUAGCGCUAAACGCAAUGAGUUCACUUUAGCCUGUACGAAGGCUUACGAAUUUUCGGCUCUGUCCGAAGCUCCUGGCACCGCCAAUCCUUCAGAACCGCUCAUCACCGACCAAACCCAUAUAACCCAUCCGAAUCUGUACUUCGACAGAGCCCGCCGCAGGCGUACGUAA